AGGCAGAUAGAGACGCCCACCCUUUCCCAUUGUCAGAAGCUUUGAAGUCAUUCAUAUCCACCAGAUCAACCCACCCCUCUUCACAUAUCAAAUUAAACAGCUAUCCCAACAUGAGAUGUAUAUAUGUAUAGUUUUCCUUCAUGAUUGCAGCUGCUCCAAGAUUUACAGAUGAGCAAAGGCUAUAUGCACGGUUUCUUGGAAUCUUUAGGCCUUUCUAUACUCGGUCUUAUCCUCUCAUGUAGAAUAUCUUGUGGUGCUCAUUAUCAGUACGAGGCGUGCGUGCCGACGGAUUGUGGCAAUGGCCUAAGCAUAAGCUUCCCCUUCUAUGUUCCAGACAGGCAAGAAUCCUAUUGUGGCUACCCGGGAUUUGUGCUCAAUUGCAGCAAAGAUGGCUUUCCAGUUCUUAACUUGCCUGGAAAUGACUAUAUCGUUGAAAAUAUUUCCUACCGUAAUCGAUCUUUACAUGUGUGGAACGCUGCUGUGUUAAGAUCGGAUGGAAGUAGUUGUCUUCCAAGUAUCAGAAACACAAGUCUUGAUGUAGCUCAGUUCGAUUAUGUAAAUGUGACAGGCCUCCAUUUGUUCUCCAACUGCAAGAAACCGUUGCCGGAGGAGCUGUUAAAGUACAAGAUUGGCUGUAAUAGUUCUGAGGAUGGAAAGAACUGGGAUGUGGCUUUGUAUGACAAAGAUGAAAACUUGAGGAAAGCAUUGGAAACGUGUGAUCAAAAUGUCGUUGCACCGGUGGAAGGGUUCUAUAUGAACGAGGGGAAUGAUGGGAUGGUAAAUCUUAGAGAGGUAUUGAGACGGGGAUUUGCUCUGAACUGGAUAGCCAGUGAUUGCAAUACAUGCGAAGAUAGCGGCGGCCGUUGUGGCUUUAACGCAACUACUUUCCAUUUUAGGUGUUUCUGCCCUGACAGGCCUCAUUCCAGGAGUUGCAAACCUGAAAGAAGUCGAUUGACGCUGAUACUAGUCACAAGUAAGUAUGACAAACAGACAUUCAUAUCCUGCAACUUAAUUGAUAUACAUUUCAUAAUAUGGUUCAUUUUCCGUUGCAAAGUUUCAGAAGCUGUCUAUCCUUUCACAAUUUUCUCACUCAAUCAUACUAUUUCAGACCUUAGUGACUCUGAUUUUUGGUGCUCAGCUUUAUCUGGAGUUGGAUUCUUCCUUGUUGUAUGCGUUUUGGUCACCUAUAUUAUUUGGCAACGGAAGAAAAUAAUCAGCAGGGGCUACCUCCUCUCUAGAAACUUGUCUUCUGAUCCCUCCUCAAAAUCAGACAUUGAAGGUGGGAGUUUAUACUUCGGUAUACCUAUUUUCUCAUGUGCAGAACUUGAAGAGGCUACCAAUAACUUUGAUUCUUCUAAAGAACUUGGAGAUGGAGGCUUUGGAACUGUAUACUACGGCAAACUCCGGGAUGGAAGAGAAGUUGCAAUAAAGCGUCUGUACGAGCAUAACUACAGAAGGGUACAGCAAUUCAUGAAUGAAAUCAAGAUCCUCACUAGUUUGAGGCACCCGAAUCUUGUUUCUCUGUACGGCUGCACGUCUAGAAGAAGCCGGGAACUGUUACUCGUCUAUGAAUACAUUCCCAAUGGCACAGUUGGUGAUCAUUUACAUGGAGAUAGAGCCAAGGAAGCACCCCUCACCUGGCCUGUCCGCAUGAGCAUUGCCAUAGAAACAGCAAGUGCAUUGGCUUACCUCCACAAGUCUGACAUAAUCCAUCGUGAUGUAAAAUCGAACAACAUAUUACUUGACAGUAACUUUUGUGUCAAAGUUGCUGAUUUCGGGCUCUCACGACUCUUCCCCAAUGAUGUCACUCAUAUCUCAACAGCCCCACAAGGGACUCCCGGAUAUGUUGAUCCUGAGUACCAUCAAUGCUACCAACUAACAGAUAAGAGUGAUGUCUAUAGUUUUGGUGUUGUUCUGAUUGAGCUGAUCUCGUCUAUGCCGGCUGUGGAUAUAAGCAGGCAUAGACACGAAAUCAACUUGGCUAACUUAGCUGUGAACCGGAUCCAAAGGUGUGCGUUUGAUGAGCUUAUUGACCCCUCUCUGGGAUACGAGACUGAUGCUGAAGUCAUGAGAAUGACUACCUCAGUGGCCGAGUUGGCUUUCCGUUGCCUGCAACUGGAAAAGGAUAUGAGACCUUCUAUGGAUGAGGUAUUGAGUUUUCUGCAGGAUAUUCAGGCGGGUGAGGAUGGCAAGUUUGAAGAGACUGAAAUGGAUAAUCAUAGUAGUACUGUGACUCGAAAGAUUCCCCCUUCCCCUGAAACGGAGGAUGUUGUAUUGUUGAAGAAUAAGGCUUUCCAGUCCUCACCAAAUACUGUGACUGAUGUAUGGGCUAGUAGUAGUUCUACGGCAACAAGUUCCAUUGGGUGAGAGUUUUAUUUCCAUUUGGUUUGUGAGAGUAAAUAGAUGGUAAGGAUUUCUUUCACCUUUUAUAUUGUUACACUCAUCUUCUUGUCUAUUUCUCUUUCAACUUAAUAACAAUUAAUUAAUAUCAUGUAGAGAGAAGGAAAGAAAUAAAAAGGGAAUGUACAUAGUGAAGGACUUGGCUUCUGCUAUCUUCCCACUUAGUAUUUUCUUCUAUUGUCUCAGUUUUCUUGGCAGGGAACUUAUUUGGACACUAUAAACUCAGAAAAUGGAGGAUUUCUUCCUCAUUCCAAUCCUGCUUGGGGAAAUUUUUGCGGUAUUUCUGUUAAACAGACAGAUAUCAGGCAGAAGCAAAUACCAACUUCAUUGAGGGAAAAAUUAAAAUCAGUUUUCGCUAUUUUGUACAUGCGAUUGUUAGUACAUACAAUGUAGAACAGAGGUCCAGAGUUUAUGUAUCAUCAAUCUUCAUUCAACUAAGAAACAAAGUUGGCAA